AUGCUCUCGCUGUACAAAUGGCUCGAUGAGGGCGACCAGAACCCGACAGGGACCAUCGUCCGCGCGUCCCUCACCCUGCGCGCGGUGACCUCGCUCCUCCUCGUCCCCCUCGGCUCGCUUCUUCCCUCGUUCGAGACCGACGCCGCAACCUUGUCGCGCCCAGUCGCGUGGUGGGCACGACCGUUCGUUCGAUGGGACUCGGUACACUUUGUCAACAUCGCCGUCGAGGGCUACAAGACCGAGCAGCAGGCGGCCUUCAUGCCCGGCUUGCCCGCCAUCAUGCGCAGCGGCGCCGAAGCGCUCCACUGGCUCUCGCGGAGAACAGGACCUGUUCAAGGCGACGAGGUCGUCCUCGUGGGCUUGCUCGCGACGACGCUCGCGACGACCACCGCCGCCCUGUACCUGCAUCGCCUGACCGUCAUCACGUUCCCCUCUCGACCUCGACACGCCCUCCUCACCGCCCUCCUCUUCCUCUUUGCCCCCUCGCGACCGACCCUCCACGGCGUCCCGUACACCGAGCCUUUCGCCGCCCUCUUUACCUUUGGCGGCAUGCUUCUCUUCGCUCAAGGAGAGGACACGCUCGCUGCGGCGGCCUGGGCGGCGGGCUCGGCGUUCAGGGCGCAGGGAGCGGUCCUCGGGGCCGGGUUCUUCGGGUGGAGGUGGAUCUUGCGGCGCAGCUUUGACGGGCGCAAGAGCAACGGCGAGGCCUUCAAGCGACUCGUCCUCAACUUUCCCCGAUUCGCCUUCCUUUCCCUCCUCUCCGCCUCGCCCUUCCUCGCCUUUCAGCUCUACGUCUACUCUCUCCACUGCCCGUCGCCGACGACAGGCGACACACGACCAUGGUGCACGCAAGGGCUCGGGCUCAGCUACGGCUGGAUCCAGCGCGAGUACUGGGACGUCGGGCCGUUCCACUACUGGACCCUCCUCCAGCUGCCCAACUUCCUCCUCGCCGCCCCCGUCCUCGCCCUGUCCCUCUCGGCCUCGUGGUCCUUCUACACCCGCAACGCCCGCGCCGCCCUGUACUCGACCCUGCCCUUCCUCCCCUCCUCGCUCCUCCCCGUACCCGUACCUGCACCCGUACGCCCCGCCGCCGAGGAGCAACGCCCGCUCACGGCGCCCGCCCCGGCGCACCUCGUCGAGGCCCUCGUCCCGCACGUCCACCUCCACACGGCGACGACGCUCCUCCUCGUCGUGUCGGCGCACGUCCAGAUCGCGCUGCGCGUGUGCGCGACGGGCCCCGUCGUGUGGUGGUACGCGGCCGAGCUGGUCGAGCGCGGGCUCGCGCGAGGGCGAGGGAGGGAAGGGAGCGAUGCGGCGGCGGCGAGGGCGGGCCGGGCGUGGGUGCGGUACGUCGAGGUGUGGGGCGUCGUCGCGACGGCGCUGUGGGCCGUGUUCCUCCCUCCUGCGUAGCCCUCCCUCGCCCUUGUCCCUGCUCAUGCGCCACCGUCGCCCUCGAGCCCGGCCCCGUCCUCCUCCGCGAGCCACGUCCGC